AUGCUUAUGCGCUUAAGAAACGUUAAACUCUUAAGAAGAGUGCAGAGAUUUGAUAAACGUAGCGGAUUCUUGUCAAUAGGUGUACCCAGCUUACUCGUACUUUUCAGCGUCCUAGCGGCAGGAACUAUCAUCGUAGAUAAGCAAUUAGCUUGCAAAUUUGCACGAGCAAGUAGCAUAUCGAAGCGAGAAUUAACGCUCAAAGAAGAACAUGAAGAGAUGCUCAAAAUGCUCGCUAGGGUAACACCGGUAGAACAACAAGAUGAAUAUACCAAGUUUCGUGCUUUCGCAGGAACCGUACAAGACGUUGUAAGCGAUAGGGGCGAUCUAAGACUUGAACAAUGGAAAGGGAAACGUGUUGUGGGUAUCACAGCAAAAAGCACAAUUUCAGUCAACGAUGUCAUCGACAAUCACCCAAUCUCAAGAAUUGUAAUGAUACCGGAUGACUCAAAAAUUGAGACACCGGAUAUAGUCAUUAACAUCAUACCACUAUGCAGAGCGCUAAUAUGUGAAAAUUUGCACAUGAGAACUGUGGAAAACGAAGUUGUCAUUAUAGUGGCCGGGUCAAUGGCAUCGGCGGUACCAUAUCUACAGUGGCUGCUCAUUAAAAAUAUCAAGGUUGCAGUGUAUCUACCACCUGCAGAGGCAGAUGAUGAUCAAGAAAAGGGUGUUGAUGAAGACUAUAAGCAUCCUUUGUUUAGUCAUGGGAAGUUCAAACCCCUGGCCACAAAUGUGAUCAUUCGACGGAAUAAUAUUGAAACAGUAUCGGAUGAUGCGCUCACGCUGACAAACGGAAUAGGAGCUAGCGCGAUAGCAGUUCUUCCCGAUGCCGUAAAAGCGUUCAAAACAGAAGAGGUGCGAGUGAGCAGGCAAAUGCUGCUUUCUGCGGGGAUGGGAUCACGUAUCGUAUGGCAACAAGCAUUGGAACAGGUUGACCCUUGCGAAUCAAAAUGCCUCUUCAACAAAGGUGUCUCUUUGAGUCUCUUCAACUUUGACGCAUCGCUGGAGGCUCAUAGUUCUGACGGUGUGGUACAGCACGCGCUGAUGGAAACCGUCAAAAGGGUAACACAUAAAACCAUUUAUGUUGAAAAGUAUUAUAGCUAA